GUGGACAAAAUGGAGGUAGUCUGAUAAUCUUUUCUGGAUUUCUUGAAAUAUUUCACGAAAUAAACCACAUUUUUUCAUUCAGAUCGUGAAAUUUUGCAUAGAAACAUGAACCCGGCGACUUUGUUUGGUAGGAGGCUGUCGAUUCGGAUGGUCGGCGUGGGAGUGUGCGUCUGUGUAGCUUUGUAUUUGAUGUACAGAAUCACCUUUGGGGCUGGCGAACUUUCGAAAGCCUCCCUUCAGAACCCAAGUGAAGCCCAACAGCAAAUCGAAAACUUGCAUGAUCAGCGUGCCAUAAAAGUUGGACAAAUCAUAAAGGAUAAACCCCAGAUACGUGAGGGCCUGAUGUACAAGGAUGCAAAGUUCUACCUUGAAGGGAAGAAUUUGAAGAUUAUGAGUGGUGCCAUGCAUUAUUUUAGAGUUCAUCCAGUUUAUUGGCUGGACAGACUGAAGAAGAUAAAAGCAUGUGGCUUGAACACUGUUGAGACGUAUGUUCCUUGGAACAUGCAUGAGGAGAUUCGAGGUCAAUUCAACUUUGAAGAAUUCCUUAACAUUCGCCGCUUUGUUGAACUGGCAAAGGAGGCUGACCUGCAUGUGAUUAUCCGUCCAGGACCCUAUAUCUGUGCAGAGUGGGAAUAUGGUGGACUACCAAGCUGGCUACUUGCUGACAAGGCCAUGGAGGUGCGUACGAUGUAUCAACCUUACCUGAAGGCUACCGAGAUAUACCUGGAGCAGAUUAUCAAGCAGCUCAUUGACUUACAGUACUCCAAAGGUGGCCCGAUCAUCGCAUGGCAAGUUGAGAAUGAAUAUGGUUCAUUUGGUGACAGCCAUAUCUACUUGAACUAUCUCAAAGAUGUCAUGAAGCGUAAGGGUGUGACGGAGUUGAUGUUUGUAUCUGAUGGAGAGGGGGAGAACGAUGGUCGGAUGGCUUAUGAACAUGGAUAUGUGGGUUCUAUGCCGUCUGUCGUGAAUUUCAAAGAGUGGAGAUGGGGUCAAACCAUGUUUGAAUGGUCGAAGAAAGCACAGCCCGAUGUCCCUUUGAUGGUCGGCGAGUUCUGGACAGGGUGGUUCGACCACUGGGGUGAGCACCAUCACACGGAUAGCAUUGAAAAGUUUGAGGAUAAUGUCCGAGAGGUGCUGAAGGCCGGAGCGCAAGGCAUCAACUUCUACAUGUUCCACGGUGGGACCAACUUUGGUUUCUGGAAUGGUGCCAACGGUGAUCCUGCUAAAAAUGACUACAAGCCCACUAUAACUAGUUAUGAUUAUGACGCUGCUCUCAAUGAACAAGGCGACCCAACCGAUAAGUGUUACAAGAUACGGGAACUGAUGCAGAAGUUUUAUCCCCAGGGUGUAAAAGAAGGUGGUGCCUAUUUUAAGAGACAUUUAGAUGUGCAUAUCAAACCCAAAGCGUAUGGAGAGGUGCUGUUUACAAAGUCUAUGGCCUUGAAGGAUAUGCUCCACCAUACCACAAUUGGGAUCACCACCAAGACAGGAACGCUCCCCAUGGAAUAUUUAGACAUGAACAACCAUGGUGGCCAAGGAUAUGGAUUCGUCCUCUACCGGACGGCCAUAGCGAGGGGGCGCGUCCUAAAGUUCCAACACAGCAUAAAGGAUCGGGCACAAGUCUUCCUGAACGGGCACCAUCUUGGAACGUUCGAUUGGAAAACGAAAGAUAAGGAGUUUAACAUAGAGACAACUAAUAUUCCGAUGAGUAACAUGAAUGAUUUAGAGGUCCUGGUGGAAAACCUCGGUCGUGUCAAUUACUUCAGACACAAUGACUUGUCGAUUAAUUCCCAAAGGAAAGGUCUCGUAGCAGACGUUAAUGUCGAUGGGAAAAUCAUCACACAUUGGCAGAUUGUGCCGCUGGAGUUCAAAAAACCAUUUGUAGACAGUUUAUCUAAGUCAUCCAGUUGGAAAACAUUUGAAACAGUGGAGAACAUGCCAUUUGUGCAUGCGGGUGAACUCAACAUUCCAGAUGUGUCCCCUCAGGAUACCUUUGUUGACAUGACAGGUUGGUCCAAAGGUGUUGUGUUCAUCAACAAUUUCAACCUUGGUCGAUACUGGGACGUUGGGCCACAAAAAACAUUAUAUCUACCUGGACCAUUGCUGCGGCAUGGCAAAAAUGAGAUUAUCAUCUUUGAACUUCAUAAGCCUCUACGCGCUGUAAAGCUCCUUGAUACACCUUUGCUGGGACCCGAGAAACCUUAACUCAACGAUGAUUAAAAUUUUCCAAAAGGGUCAAAAUAUUUUAAAGGCCUCAACCUUAUGUUAUGCAGGUCUCCAGCAACUAGAGUAAACCUUGAUAGUCAAGGUUUAUGACCUUAAGUCUUCCUGUUAAAUACAGGAUUGUUUUCAAAGUGCUUUUAUUUACAUAUAAGGCAAUACAUGGAGUCGCACCUGCGUACCUGUGUGAUAUGGUCAGACUGAGGCACCAUUCCACCUACCAUCUCCGCUCUGUUAUUGCUCCAACUUUGGUGGUCCCUCGCACUAAGUGCAAAACCUUUGGUGACCGUUCUUUUCACAAGUCAUCACCGGUUCUAUGGAACCAGCUACCUUCCAACAUCAGGCUUGCUGGUUCCAUAGACAUUUUCAAAACUCUCCUGAAACAACACCUUUUCAGGGAGUGUUUUGCUUUGUAAAGCGCCUGAGAAUUUAAGUUUUUCUUUUAAUUCAGGCGUUAUAGAAAUUCUUAUAUUCAUUCAUUCAUUCAUUCAAUGAUUAGGGUGCCAUUUUGAUUCCAAACUUUUUCCAAAAACGAGACUCAAGAAACUGAUGGUGAUCAGCGGAAAGUGCUUAUGGAGAGCUGUUGCUUGAUGGUUGUGUCACAAGGUUUUGACAGAUGUUUUUUUGUACAAUUUCUACGUAUCAUGCCUGGAAACAGAUGCCAUCAGAUCCUUACGAGAUGUGUAACGAUUGAUCAUAGCUGUGCUUACACCACGAAAUAUUGGUGGACCAAUUGCACUUACACCACCACAUUGCCGCGACAAAUUGGUUCGGCAAUCCAUUGCCGAUACAAAUUGCCGAGCGAAUUUGUCCCACCAAGCUUGAUGGUCCAAAUUCGCCCGGCUUGUUAAAAGCUCGGCUUUGUCGUGGUGUACGCGCAAAUGGAUCGGCAAUUAGCUAGUUAGAUGGUUCGGCUCCAGGCGGCGCUUUCGAAAUGGCGCUUUCUGCCAAGGCUUUCCGCGUUCUGCUUAUUGUUUGCGCGCCAUCUGUAGCCGGAUUUUAUAACUAGCUGCAGCGCUGGUGUAAGCGCUUGGUGGAUUUUCGAUGGUGCGGCAUUGGUUCCCGAACCAAGAUUGGUGGUCCAUUUUCAGGUGGUGUAAGUGCGGCUAGUAUUUGAUGCACAAUUAUUGAUUAUCAAUGGGAUAUACUUGUCCAACAGAAAUGGAUUAUGAUAGGUUGGAUUAAUUUAAUCACAAUCGCUUUGAAAUUAGUUGUAUAAGAGUAUAUGGACUACAUGUAUGUUCAUUUGAAUUAUAAGAAAUGCACUACGUAGUUAUUGGGUGAUAUGAAUAAAGGCUAGCAAAUGCUUUUACUUCAAUUUUGUACAGAAAGGCCAAGUGUAAAUGUACAUGGAGUUUUAGAUAAAAGCAUUUGCUAGUCUUUAUUCAUAUCACCCAUUGUCUGAUUCACUGAUAUUGAGGUUUAAGAAUUUAACAUGAAAAGGACAGUUUGCUUUUUCAAAACUAAAAAAAUCAAAAUUUUUAUAGUGAAAUAGACUACAGCUGAAUUUCAAAAUGAAAAUCAAAAGCUGUAUAGGACACCUAUAAUGUAUUGUGUCUUUUGCCUCAGGAAUAAAACCAGUGCUCCUUUUAGCACGACCAGGUAUGUAGUACUUGGGCCGCAUUGGCUUGGAACUCUCUCGGCCAAGGCCUACGCCAGGAGGACACUCUGAACAAGUUCAGGAAGGCUCUAAAAACUGAGCUUUUCAGAAAACAUUUCUCACGCAACUAAUGACUGUCAACUAUAGUGGGGAGCGCUUUUGAACAUUUUCAAAUGGAAACAGCGCUUUAUAAAUUUAACUUUAUUAUACUUGCAUAAUUGUGCCAUUUGAUGGAAAUUUUUGUCAAGUUUUCCUGAUUGUUAAUAGCUUUUUAUGUGCUUUGUCUUCCUUUAUCUUUGUUAUUCGAUGAAAGCUGGUUGGAGUGGGCUGGGCUUGGUGUUUUGGGCUGAACUGGGCUGGUUCGGGUUGGGUGGGGACAUUUGAGGUGAGAUAGCUUUGUUUGGAAGCAUAGCAUAGCUAGCAUAAUAAUUAUUGCUGUGAACAACAUUAUCCACAUAUGCAAGCAGGUAUAAAAUCUGCCGUGGCUUAGGUAUGUGUUCUGUCAGACCUCCACAAUUGAUUCUAUUCUAUUUAUUAAAAUGUUUAUUGAUGAUAUGUGUGCUUAUAGUCACAGAAACCGCGCUUUGUAAAGUACCGGUAAUUAGUAAAUUUAUAAAUGCUAUAGAAGCUAUCACUUUUUUAGUCUACCGAAUUGUAAACUUGACUUAGACCCGUUCCAUAUGCUGCUUGGAAAAGGAUGGGUAGUUUCUUUCCUUCUGCACUGUCUUCAGACAACCAGAUGGAUGGGCGGGGCUGAAUCAGCUGCAGUAGGUUUCAGCAUGCUUUGGCUAGAAGCGAGAUUUCCAAGGGAUAACCCCUUUAUACAAUAUUGGCAGGGUUUUUUGUGUAAAUUUGUAACAGGAUGCUGCAUGUACGGUAAUGGUACACACCUGUGGUCUUGACAAGAAGGCUCCUAUGAUUGCACUUAAGAGUGUAAAAUCUUUUGUAAAUCAUAAAAUAAAAUAUGUACAUUUA